CCGAGCCCGCGCUGGCCGUUUCAGCGACAGGGGAAGGGAGUGAAGGAAGGAGUUGGGGUCCGGGCGUGGGGAAUCCGGGCGCAGCCGGACAAGAGCUACAUCCGGCAGCCAGGUAAUAAUUUCAAGAUGCCGGGGCGUUCCACUUCAAGUUCAGGUUCAGGUUCAGCCGGUUUUAUAUCCUUCAGUGGUGUAGAAUCUGCACUGUCCUCCUUGAAAAACUUCCAAGCCUGUAUCAGCUCUGGAAUGGACACAGCUUUUAGUGUGGCUUUGGAUCUCGUGGAAACUCAGACUGAAGUGAGUAGUGAAUACAGCAUGGAUAAGGCAAUGGUUGAAUUUGCAAUGAUGGAUCGGGAACUAAACCAUUAUUUAAAGGCUGUGCAAUCUACAAUAAACCAUGUAAAAGAAGAACGUUCAGAGAAAAUACCUGAUCUAAAAUUAUUAGUGGAGAAGAAGUUUUUGGCUUUACAGAAUAAGAAUUCCGAUGCAGACUUUCAAAAUAACGAAAAAUUUGUCCAAUUUAAACAACAGCUGAAAGAACUAAAGAAGCAAUGUCAGUGUCGAGACAGAGAUUCACUGGACAGAACUGAAAAGACAGACUGCUGAGACAGAAUUAUGCUGAAGUUGGGCAGCAUUAUGUCAAGCUGAAGAUGCAGUUUUCAAAACUAUACAGAUAUCUUCAGACUUGGACCUCCUUUGUAAUGAAGCCCUAACCUUUCAUAGGCUGGCUACAUAAGGAGCCUAUAUGAAAUGACAAAGGAGACCGAAUUUCCCUUUCAUUCUCUGUUCUAUCUUUCUAAAUUCUUUUUCUGGCAUCGUCUGGUUUUCUUCAUACCUGCUACAGCCCUCUUAACUUUCUGAUUCUUGUCCCUUUCCAAUAAAAGAUUUACCAUAAGGCUUGAUAUAAUUAAGUCAGUCUCUGUGUAUGUAUAUUAGUGUGUCUGUGUGUUGUGUUUAUGUAUCUACGUUUUGUUUUUGUUCAUUUUUAAUAUACUUCAGCAGAUUUCUUUCUAACCAAAUAAACUCCAAGAGGGAUAUUUUUUAAGUUUUUAGGAUUAUUGACUCUUCACACAGUCUAGAAACUACUCUAAAAAAAUGUUGGGUACAAUUUCAUGGUGUUUAUGGCCUCUUAGUAUUUAUUUAUGGAUUCCACUGGUUUCAGAGUCCCUGUGAUGAAAUUCCAAAGUUACCUACUUCCCAUGGUCACUGGUGAUAUUCAUUCACCAGACACUCAUCAGAUGCCUUCUCUGUGCCAGGCACUGUGCAGGGCAUUGAGAUACAGUGAAACAGACAUUGGCCCACAUAUCAAAAUGUAUGGUGUAGCUGAGGAGACAGACAAGUAAACACACAGUUGUAAUACAGUAUAUGUACUGUAGUAGGAAAAGUACAGGGUACUUCAGGGAGCACAUGAGAUGAGUGUUUAAUUCAGCUUUGAGGCAUCAAGAAAUUCUCUUUACACUGAUACCUGAGUUGUUCUAAGUAAAAGGAAUGCUAUGUACAAAGUCAAGAGAAUUAGAAACAUGUAUCUGUUGAGAAAUUUGGGUUUGAUUUUAAAGGACCUUAAGUUGAGGGAUGGUAAGAACUGAUCUGUGACUGAAAAAAAUAACUGACUCUGGUGUGAAGAAUGGGUUGGGAGAAGCAGUACUCGAGGCUGGGAGACUUCACUAGUAGCCAGUAGACAGUAAUCGUGACAUUAACUGACAAUGCGAAUGAAAAGAGGACGAGUCGAAAGGAUGUGAAUUGGAAACCACAGUAUUUAGUGAUUAAAUUCAUUCCUUCAGCAGAUACUUGUUGUGCUGCUUUGAGUUAGACACUCUGUGAGAUGUGGUGAACUGUAGACACCAUCUGUAUCUUCAGGUCUAGUGGUUGUGACCCCCAGGCCCCUGGAGUGGACAGCUCAGUGGAUGGUGGGUGCUGUCCUCCACAGAUGGAGCAAACAUAUGUCUCCAAUUAAAGGUUCCCAGACAAGUGCUUCUUGAAGCUAUAAAUGUACCUCCUGAGAUUUCAGAAUGUCCCUGCAGUUUUGAAUUGCUCUGUCUGAUGAGAGAUGCUACUGAUGGAAGAAUGCUUCUGCAGAAACAGUAUUCAGGGAGGAGCUUGAGAGCCACUGAUAGAGAUGACAGGUGGAGCCCCAAAGUAAAUGAGAUAGAUUACCCAGGAAGAGUGUAUAGAAUGAGAGGAGAGGAAGGGUGAGGAUUGGACCUGGCAGAACAAUGGAGAAAGAAGAGGAACCUGGUGAGAAAGCCAGGAGUAUGUGAAGAAUGUAAAGUGUGUUCCAGGAUGGAGCCAGUGGAACAGAAGGGAGGAGGCGCAGUGUGGCAGCAACAGUCAGCUUCAGGGCCUAUCAGAUAGGCCUCUGAUAACCUGAGCUUACAUAUUAAAUGUCACAGGUUCACCACCACUUUAGCUGAAGGGAAUCUACAUAUCAUGUGUGCGGGUGGCAUAGAGUGGAGUGAGGGAGAAGUUAUCAUCAAUAUGAAAGAAGGAGAGUAACUUUGUAUCCAGUUAAGUGGUAGCACUAUAUGCUAAAAGCAACAGAGCAUCACUUUAGAUAUCGACAGGAAAAGGUUGUCACUCAGAUUUUACAGCCAGCUGAGGCAUCUUGAAAGGGCAGCCCAGAGAUCAUCAUUGACAGUGAAUGACUUGCAAAAUAUCCCAGUCAUGUGUUUGCCCUGGGGGUGGGGGGGGGGAAAUUAUACGAAGACUUGCGAGAGCCAAAUAAGUAGUAAGAAUAAAGAACCUGAUAAGGGGAAGAAAUGAUAGUAGGAUGGUUGUUUUUUUUAAGUGGUAUGCAUUUAAUUGUGAAUAAGAGUUGUUAAUAUAGUACUAAGUCAUAAGUCACAGGACUUCCUAGUGGCUCAGACAAUAAGGAGCCUGCCCGCAGUGUGGGAGACCCCGGUUCGAUCCCUGGGU